AUGGCGGAGCACAUCCGCCGCGGAAAAGCGCAGCCUCAAACAAACGACGUUCCGGCUGUUUCUCUCGCACACAACGCCUCGCACCGAGACCACAGUCACCUAAAACCACCGACGACGAUGUCCGCCCAGACCGCUCUUUUCUCCUUCGCCGCCGUCAAGGCCCCCGCCGCGCGCCGCCAGACCGUCAGGUGCCGCGCCGCCGCCAAGGAGGUCACUCCCGCCAAGGCUGAGGAGUUCAAGUGCCCCCUCGUGUGCGACGCCCUCGAGAAGGCCGACGCGCCCGUGAACGAGAUGGCCAAGGCCAAGUGCGUUCACCCCGACCGCCCCGUGGCCAAGGCGUGCAAGGACUGCCCUCGCAGGUAA